UUGACGUCACCGCUUCAAAUUAAUGCAUAUUUCAUGAAGAAGGUAUUCCCUUACUCAUUCGUGUCAGGUAUAAUCAUGCACCUAAUAUAUCUCCAUUGGUUAAAAUCAAUAUCAGCUGUGCCACAAUGUCCGUCAAAUAUAAAGCACGACCUUGCCGUGCCAUAAGGCGGUUCUCAGUGAAGGACCUUCCCAUAACCCGUCUGGAGCUGUUGGAAUCAUUGUACACACACACUUUCGAUAACUUCUAUAUUGAGUACAAUGGGUACUUUUCUAAUUGCUUGGUUCAGAAUUGCAUCGCUCUUUACCACAUAGGGGGGUCCAAGGAAAAGUUCCAAUCGUUUGUGGAACACUACAUCUGCCAAUUGGAACCCUUGCAUGGACCGACCAGACAAAAACAGGAUCUGGGACUCAACUUUCAGGAAGUCACGUUGAAAGAACUCCAAGGAAGAAGAGGUGGCUACUAUAAAAUCAGAAAACAUUACCACGUCAUCCUAGCCAAUAAGUACGACGACAAUUUGGAUGAGUUCCUCCGAUCUGAGUUUCCCGCCCUGAUUUUGGGUAUAUCAGCCAUUCACGCCGUUGAAAUUGUGGGAUAUGCCUAUUCCAUCAACUCAUCUGAGCUGGUUUGCGACGGUCUGGCCUAUCUCUAUCAUUCAUAUUCACCCAUUGUCCUGAAGAAGGAACAUAAUUGGUUAAAAUUCGGAUUGGGAAACUGGCCAACACUGGAGGUGUUGGAGAAAAUAGGCGGGGAUUUUGAAUUGAGCAACUUCAUUCUGAGGAGACGGCGAAGCUCCUCGGGGGACGUCUUGAGGCAACAAAUCGAAAUGAACCAAACAGACUUGCAACUUUAUCUCAAGGAAAGAGGCGAUGCAUUGAUGGAAUAUGUAUUCAGGAUCAAACUUCCCCUAAAGGCGCUCAAGAAUCCAGAAGAGAUCCUCAAAUACGUUUUGGACCAAAUCCUGCUCGUGUAUGUUCGGUGCGAGAGUCGGAACAAUACUCACUUUCUAGGCGUCAUUUCGUCAGGUUGGGCGUUACUUCAAGUACUGCCAUUGAUCAAAGAGACCCAAAUGAAGUUACAGCUCAUCUGCGUUCACAUUUGCACAUUUUUGGCCAUAUUUUUGAGCCAAGGAAAGCCCAAACUUAUGGUCCAGGCUUCAAGUGAGUCCACGGUGGUUGGGAUGACAUGGGACAAGAUCCUGGAGAGCCUCCUUUCUUUGCCAGUCAGUAUUGAUCACAACAUUUAUCGCUUGGUCCAGGUCUGCUAUCUCCGUGGAUUGAAGAACAUGGACAUUGGAACAUCGGAACUUUACAAGAGAGCUUGCGUGUCAACCAUGGAACUGGAUGGAAUGAAGAGCUAAUUGAUCAAGAAAGUGCAAUAAUCAAGCUUUCGUUGAAAGUUCCCUCUGUGAUUAUGUUGCUUUAGCUAUUGAGUUAUUAAUUCCAAAUAUGAAUAGCCUUACAGACCUUCUUAAUGCGAUAACACAUGUUUAAGUACAUGACUUUCUUCUUUUCAAUCUUUACUUUCUUUUACAACCUGAAAAUGCAAACUAAUAUUCAAAGUAUGAAGAUGCAUUUAUGCUAAAAGAAAUCUGACGAAAGUAGAAUCGUAAUGCUUUAAGUGUUAGUGCUAAAGUAAAUUUCGUGAAGCGAUUGCAUAUGAUUUCAGAUAACAACCUCAGUCAGAAAGUUACCAAUAGUUUUUUCUUUCCUAAUUUGUGCACAGUUUUCUUCAAAUAGAGCAACAUCUACUUAAAUUAUUUUCAAAGUUUUUCAAAGCAAGCAGAUAUUUUCUUAUAUUUUCGACCAGCCAAAACUGACAUUUUCCCGGAUAAGAGAUAGAUGAAGAUGAAAUAUUAAGAUGUACCCCAAUUCGAUGUAGCUUUAUUUAGUGUAUACCCAAACAAGAACACCAGAGCAAGGAAGCGCCACUUUUUGUGAUCACCAAACCUUUCCCGCCAAUGAUGCUGAUUUUUUGUAAUGUCUAUUAUUGGCAUAUAUGUUGUUCAAAGAGGGUGGCUAAUAUCAUUUUUGUAACCAUUGAUGGUAGGUGCUUCAAAUAAGACGUUUAGAUACACUUAAAAUGA